AUGGCUGCUGACUUGAACCCCGCCUCCCUGCCUGGGGCGGAAAAGACUGCAAGCCAAGUCGUGGCCAACGAUCACGAGAAGAGUGCUGCCGACCUUGUCAGGAACAUCAAGUCGCCCGGUGUGUCCCGUAUCGAGGCCAUCUCGAGCGCCAUCACCUUGGUCGACCGCAUCGCCAUCUUCUUCAGCAUCCUCCUGCUUGCCUACUGCUAUGGCCUUGACGGCACUCUGCGAUACACCUACCAGCCGUAUGCCACUGGUUCCUGGGACAGCCACUCUCUGCUGUCCACCAUCAACGUCAUCCGCGCCGUCAUCGCAGCGGCUGCUCAACCCACCGCCGCCAAGAUUGCCGACGUCUUUGGCCGUGUCGAGCUGAUCUGCGUCUCCAUCUUCUUCUACGUCCUUGGAACGGUUAUUGAGGCUGCGGCCACCAACAUCGCGACCUAUGCCGGCGGCAAUGUCAUCUACCAAGUCGGCUAUACCAUGAUCCUGGUGCUGGUUGAGGUCAUCAUUGCCGACAUCACCUCGACCCGUGCCCGUCUCUUCUUCAGCUAUGUCCCAGCCUUGCCCUUCAUCAUCAAUGCAUGGAUCAGCGGCAACGUUGCCAACUCCGUCUUGGGAGCAACCACCUGGCGAUGGGGUAUCGGCAUGUGGUCCAUCAUUUACCCAGUCUGCGCUCUGCCGCUCAUCGUCAGCCUCUCGAUUGUGAGCCGACGUGCCAGGAAGCAGGGCCUCCUUGUCAACUACCGCUCAUCCUUUGAGCGGCUCGGCUUCAAGAAUCUCAUCGUCGAGCUCUUCUGGCUGUUGGACGUCAUCGGCAUCCUCCUCCUCAUCGCCGUCUUCGCCCUCAUCCUCGUGCCGUUUACUCUGGCUGGCGGCGUCCACAGCCAGUGGCGCACCGCCCACAUCAUUGCGCCGCUCGUCGUUGGCUUUUGCUGCAUCCCAUUCUUCAUCUACUGGGAGCUCAAGGCUCCUCACCCGCUGGUUCCCUUCGCUCUCAUGAAGGAUCGAGGUGUGUGGGCUCCGAUGGGCAUUGCUGUCUGCCUCAACUUUGCCUGGACGAUGCAAGGCGACUUCCUUUACACCGUUCUCGUCGUCGCCUUCAACUUCUCCAUCACAACCGCGACCCGAGUCACGUCUCUGUACUCGUUCGUCAGCGUGAUUAUCGGAGCCAUUAUCGGCUUGGUGGUUUACAAAGUUCGCCGCCUCAAAAUCUUCGUCGUCGCCGGAACCUGUCUCUUCAUGGUAGCCUUUGGAUUGCUCAUCCGGUAUCGUGGAUCCACCACGGGCUCCAGCCGAGUCGGCGUCAUUGCUGCUCAGGUUGUUCUGGGUCUCGCUGGAGGAAUGUUCCCUUACACUGCCCAGGCAUCUCUCCAAGUUCGUUUGAAGCACGAGCACUUGGCCGUCAUGACGGGUCUCUACCUGGCAGUAUACAACAUUGGAUCUGCCUUGGGAAAUACUAUUUCUGGAGCCUUGUGGACCCAGCUGCUCCCCAAAGCUUUGGAAACCAGACUGGCAAACAUCAAUUCCACGUUGGCGAUUGAAGCAUACGGCAACCCUCUUGGGGCCAUCCUUCCAUACCCUCCUGGUACACCUGAGAGAGACGCCAUCGUUGAUUCGUAUCAGUACAUCCAGCGCCUGCUUGCCAUCACGGGCAUCUGCAUCUGCGUUCCCCUCAUCGCAUUUUCUCUCGCAAUUCGCAACCCUCGCCUCACUAGUGAACAGACUCUGGCUGUGGAUUCAGACGUAGAAGAGGCGCAGGUGGAAAACGCACAAAAAUAA